AUGAAGUACGACAAGAAGAAAGAGUUCCUGAACCUGGAGCAAGGUGACAUGACCAUGGAGCAGUAUGACACCGAGUUUGAUAUGCUAUCCCGUUUUGCCCCUGAUGUAGUGAAUGAUGAGGAGGCCAGGACCGAGAAGUUCGUUAGAGGUCUCAGGCUAGACCUCCAGGAUAUCGUCCGGGCCCUUAGACCAACCACCCAUGUUGAUCCGUCCAAGGCUGUAGGCAGAGGGUCAACCAUUGAUCAGAAGAGGAAGGCUGAGUCGCAUCCUGCUUUGGCACCGCAGCAAAACCUGAGGUCAGGAGGUGUCUUCCAGCGGCAUCGUCAGGAGCUUGUAGCAGCUGGGAGAACCUUGAGAGAGCUACCUGUUUGUCGUAGGUGUGGGAGAGUUCAUGGAGGUCGUUGCUUGGUAGGAAGCGGAGUUUGCUUCAGGUGCAAGCAACCAGGGCAUACCGCUGACAUUUGUCCUCAGAAACUCAUUGAGAGUACCCCGCACCAGCCUCCCACUUCCCAGCAGGGAAGAGUUUUUGCCACUACUCGUCAGGAGCCCGAGCGAGCUGGUACUAUGGUGACAAGUACGCUCCCAAUCUUGGGGAAUUAUGCACUUGUAUUGUUUGACUCUAGGUCAUCCCAUUCUUUCAUAUCUUUAGUAUUUGUUCGACAAAUGGGUUUAGAAGUUGAACUGUUGGGUAGUAUAUUAUCUGUUUCUACCCCAUCAGGAGAAGUCAUGUUAUCUAAAGAUAAGGUAAAAGCAUGUCAAAUUGAGAUAGCAAACCAUGUGUUAGAGGUAACCUUACUAGUGUCAGACAUGCGGAAUUUUGAUGUGAUUCUAGGCAUGGAUUGGUUGUUCCUACCCAAAGUCAUUUCAGCUUUGAAAGCCAGUAAGCUACUCAACCAGGGUACUUGGAGUAUCUUGGCCAGCAUGGUGGACACUAGAGAGCCAGAAGUUUCUUUGUCAUUUGAGCCGAUGGUGAGAGAGUACUCCGACGUUUUUCCUGAUGAGCUUCCAAGACUCCCACUCCUAAGGGAGAUUGAUUUUACCAUUGAGCUAAAGCCAUACACUACUCCUAUACCUAGAGCUCCUUAUAGAAUGGCCCUAGCUGAGCAGAAAGAACUGAAGGUGCAGUUGCAGGAGUUGCUGGACAAGGGCUUUAUUCGACCUAGCGUGUCACCUUGGGGAGCGCUAGUGUUGUUCGUAAAGAAGAAGGAUGGAGCAAUGCAUCUUUGUAUUGAUUAUAGAGAGUUGAAUAAGGUGACAAUCAAGAACCGCUAUCCCUUGCCUAGGAUUGACGACUUGUUUGAUCAGCUCCAAGGAGCCACUAUUUUCUCUAAGAUCGAUUUACGUUCAGGCUACCACCAGCUGAGGAUUAGAGAUAGUGAUAUUCCUAAGACUGUGUUCCGUUCCAGAUACGGGCAUUACGAGUUCAUUGUGAUGUCCUUUGGUUUGACUAAUGCUCUUGUCGUAUUCAUGGACUUGAUGAACAAGGUGUUUAAGGAUUUCUUAAACACGUUUGUUAUAGUUUUUAUUGACGAUAUCUUGGUUUACUCCAAGACAGAGGCCGAGCAUGAGGAGCAUUUGCAUCAAGUUUUGGAGACUCUUCGAGCUAAUAAGUUGUAUGCCAAGUUUUCCAAGUGCGAGUUCUGGUUGAAGAAGGUAUCCUUUCUUGGACAUGUGGUGUCUAGUGAGGGGGUUUCUGUAGACCCAGCAAAGAUUGAAGCUGUUACUAGUUGGCCUCGACCGUCUACCGUCAGCGAGGUAAAUGAUCCUUAUAUGGUCGAGAAGCGUCGUUUGGUAGAAGUAAGGCAAGUUGAGGAUUUCUUCAUAUCCUGUGAUGAUGGACUUACUUUUGAUAGGCGUUUGUGCGUGCCAGAAGACACUGCAGUCAGGACAGAGCUUUUGACUGAGGCUCACAGUUUCUCAUUUACUAUGUACUCUUGUACGAAGAUGUAUCAAGACUUGAGGCGUCUAUUGAGAAUGCUAGGCCCCCAGUUAGUUCAGACUACCAACGCAGCCAUACAGAAGAUUAGAGCUCAUAUGUUGACAACACAGAGCAGACAGAAGAGUUAUGCUGAUGUACGGCGUAAGGAUCUCGGGUUUGAUGUGGGAGACAUGGACAGUUUGGACCAAGUGAUUUUGGAGCGUGGGAUUUCUCCAGUUAAGGGCUUAUUCGUUGCAACCUUGACCUCUGGAUGUCGCUACUUGGAAAGCGUGAUUUUACUGUUAGAAUUCGUUAGAGCAAAUCUCCAGGCAAAGGCUGAGGUAAGAGCAAAGACAAGCUGGUGA